CUUAGUUCCAAGUCGUGUCAUGGCAGGGGUUGGACGCGGAAAUUUUAAGUCGUGAGUAGACAGCUUUGUUGCGAUGCAGUGUGACGGAAAUCCGUUCAGGAAGGUUCAUCAAUAGUGACAGUUUUUAAGUGAAGACACUAAAAGUGGAAGUGUAGUGUUACUUAAAAGUGGAGAUAAAUAAGACAAUACCGAACGCCAUGAACUGCACGCGUAUUGUAAUAGCUCUUCUCAUCUCUACCAUUAAUUUCAUGUUUUUAUAUCUAACUAUUUCAAGGAAGCCUCAUUUUCAAACUAUGGAAUUUCCGUCAAAUAUGAAAACACGACUGACAAAUCAUCCAAAGACAGUAUCGUGUUUUAAUGGGAUUAACGUACCAGAGACCAUCAAUGAUAGUUUUGUGGAAAACACUUUUUCAAGAUGGCGGACAAGAGAUCCCAAUGACCACAUGCUGACGACUGAACCUUUUGGGCGCCUGGGAAAUCUGAUGUUUCAGUAUGCGUCUCUGCUUGGUAUAGCUUUACAUAACGGAAAGAGGCCAUUUAUCAAGCCGGAUAAUAUUUUGAAUACAGUAUUCAAUCUUUCUUUCGUUGAAAGUUGGGAUACGGAACAAUGGCUCCAGAUUGCAGAGAGACAGUUUGCAAGUUAUUCGCCGGAAUUUGAACAUCUGCCAGCAGGAAAUUAUGUUAUGGGUCAUUACUUCCAAUCCUGGAAGUACUUUCAACCCAUAAGAAAACAAAUUAGGAAAGAGUUUAGGUUUUCGGGUCUAUAUGAAAGACUACGGAGAAACAUAUUUCAUCUUUACACAUCUCCGUACAAGAAUCGAACCGUGAUAGCUUUGCAUGUAAGACGGACAGAUAUGAUGACACCAAACAAUGCAGGUUAUACAGAAGCCUCGGUUUCGUACAUAUACAAAGCUGUUCAACAUAUGAGGGACAGGUUUCGUAAUCCAGUGUUCCUGAUAGCUACAGAUGACAAGGCCUGGUGUCGACAGAAUCUGGACUCUGAAGAUAUGAUUUUGAUGACCACGACUAAUCCGUUCGUGGACUUCGGAGCUUUGAUUUUGUCUGAUCACAUGAUCAUGACGGUUGGAACAUUCGGAUGGUGGGCUGCGUGGCUUAUAAAUGGGUACACCGUGUACUAUAAAGAUUAUCCUACACCUGGGGGAAUGCUGGAAGCGAAGUUCACGAAAGAAGACUAUUUUAUGCCGCAUUGGAUUCCAAUGGGUGGAUAAAUAAACAAUAAUCGUUAAUUUAAUUUGGGUGUUGAUGGGUACUCGGAUAGGCGGGUAGAGCACGGGUCGGCCGAAGGUGGACCUCGAGUCCUUCCUACAGGUUCUACUACACCAGAUCAGAAUCCGUCGUUUAACGAGCAGUUUUCGUAGAGCCUCCAGUGCAGACUGAAUCAUCUGGCAGCUGUAAUUGGGUGAUUUUGUGAAGAAUUUUAGGUUUUUAUAAUGUACAUCCUUCCAGUAAUUAAAGCUG